ACAAGACUCCUUCCCUUUGACGGUGCAGUCCUGCAUCAUGCCAAAAGACUGUGAAACGACUGAGUGGUCCUCCUGGAGUCCCUGCUCCAAGACUUGUCAUUCAGGAAAUCUCUCAUCAGGAUUCAGGAGCAGGAGCCGGAAUGUGAAGCACAUUGCUAUUGGAGGGGGCAGGGAGUGCCCUGAACUUCUCGAGAAAGAGGCCUGCAUUGUCCAAGGGGAACUUUUGCAGCCAUGUCCCAGGUAUUCCUGGAAGACCUCUGAAUGGAAAGAAUGCCAAGUCUCUCUCCUCCUCGAACAGCAGGACCCCCACUGGCAUGCCACGGGACCUGUUUGCGGCGGUGGGAUCCAGACCCGGGAGGUGUACUGUGCCCAGAGCACACCAGCAUCCACUGCACAGAGGGCCAAGGAAGUCUCUAGACCUGUGGAAAAGACAUUAUGUUUGGGACCUGCCCCUUCAGCCUCUCAGCUCUGCAAUGUCCCUUGCUCUACAGACUGUAUAGUGUCUUCCUGGUCAGCCUGGGGCCUGUGUGUCCAUGAGAAUUGCCGCGAUCCUCAGGGAAGAAAAGGGUUUAGAAUGAGACGGCGCCAUGUCCUCAUGGCAUCCACGGGGCCUUCAGGGCAUUGCCCUCAUUUGGUGGAAUUUCUUCCCUGUGAGGAUCCAGUGUGUUAUCGAUGGCUGGCAUCUGAAGGGAUCUGUAUCGCUGAUCAUGGAAAAUGUGGCCUGGGACAUCGCAUCCUGAAGGCUGUCUGCCAGAAUGACCAAGGAGAAGAUGUAUCAGGAAGUCUCUGCCCAGCAUCUCCUCCUCCUGAAUGGAUGGCUUGUGAAAUUCCCUGCCGAAUGGAUUGUGUGCUGAGCGAGUGGACACAGUGGUCAUCCUGCUCCCAGUCUUGUUCAAAUAAAAACUCAGAUGGAAAACAGACCAGGUCGAGGACUAUCCUAGCAUUGGCUGGAGAUGAUUUCUGGAAGGAGAAAAAAGUCAGUGGUAUUUAA